AGAUUGGAGGGACAGAGAGAAAGAAAGAAAGAAAGAAGGAGAGAGAGAGGAAAAGAAAGAAAGAAAGAAAGAGUAAGAAAGUAACAGAAAGAAAGAAAGAAAGAAAAAAAGAUAGAAAGAAAGAAUAUAGAGUGUGAAAAAAAGAGAUGGCGAAUCGAAUGAAGGCUCUGUAUAACCAGGUAAUAUUCGAAAGGCGAAUUCUGCUCGGUUGUACAACCCUCGUGGGACUCUCAGCAUGCAUAUGGGCUGUGGCAAUAGGAACCGAUCAUUGGUUCACCGUCGAAGCACCAAAUGACGAAGGACUGCCCUUGGGAGAUUCCGGAGCGAGCGGUAGAAGACUGAUUUACAAGCAUAUGGGUCUUUGGAGAGGUUGCGUCAGCGGUUUGAUACCAAAAAUGAAGAAUUCGAGCGAAUUGGUGCCUUAUAGUGAAUGUAAGUACCAAGAGAUGUUCCCGCCUGAAUCAAAAUUCGAUAUAGAUCCGGGAUUAGACAGGACGGUGAUCAAUUAUGCUAGAACUCAGGUCUCGUUUGCUAUUAUCAGUAUGUUUAUAAUGAUAAUGGGAUUCUGCUUCUCCAUCUACACGUUCCGCAACCCACGCUACAUGUUCAAACGGCUGGCCGGAGGAAUACAUUUCAUUAGUGCUGCUUGCAACAUGGUGGUGAUACAAGUACUCCUUUCUUCGGUCGAUUACGAAAGCACAAACGUUUACGAAACGUUCCCUAAGGGUGCGAUCAUGAGAUACGAUUUUUCUCUUAUCCUGGCAUGGAUCGUCUUCCUUUGCAACCUAAUCGCGGGAUGUGCCUUUAUGCUUUUCUCGAGGAAAAGGAAGAGGGACAAGGCGCCAACCGAGGAGAUCGCUAUGGCCGAUGAACCAACGAUAAUCGGUCGUUAGUCCCCUUCAUCCUCAUACCAGCACACAAAGAAAGGGUAUAACUACGCUUGCGCGUCUAAGGUUUACUACGUUACAUUACGUGCAGAGCAAACGUUUCCAAAAAUAUCACCCCAUUAUACUAUUUCCCGUCUUCUCCGGUUCUUCGUCUCUCAAAAAUAGUUGUCCACCAAAAUAUGUGUGUUUAUAUAUAUAUAUAUAUAUAUAUAUAUAAAUUCACAAAUAUAAAAAAAAUCUGAUUGUAAAUCUGUUUAUAUAAUAUUAACACUUUUCGAAUAAUAUCGAAAUUAAUAGAAAAAAAAAAAAAGAAAAUAAAAAAAUAAAAAAAAGCAGAACGAUUCACUUUGAUCGUAAUUAUUUAACUUAAUACAAUAUAAAUUAUAUCAUAUUAAUAUUAUCUUCGUUCUAUACAACAAUUUUUCAUCGUAAAUAACACGAUGAUAUGUAUUUAAUUUCUGACAAAUUAUACAUUGUCUUUAAUAUAAUUAUAUAUUACGUUGAUAAAUAUUAUAAACGUAAUAGAAUUAUUUCGUCGAAAUUUCGUAAUUAGAUUUUCACAAAGUCAAUAUUUCAUUGAUGAUCGUGAAAACAAUGUCGUUUCAAUAUUAUCACGUAUAUAUGAAAUAUCUGUAAAUAGAUAUCUAUAUUGUAUACGUAUAUUUGCUUUAUCGUUAUAAGAAUGUACGAAAAGUACAAUAUUCAAAAAAUGUAUAUUAAAUCGCGAAAGCGUACGUUUAAAUAAUUUAUGUAUAUCUCUUUUCUCGUAUGCUCGUUAAAUGUAUUUGUUCGUAUGACUAUUAAAAAGAAUGAAAGAGAAAAAUAGAGAGUGAGAAAGAGAGAGAGAGAGAGAGAGAGAGAGAGAGAGAGAGAGAGAGAGAGAGAAAGAGAGAGGGUGCGUGUUGCGAGUUUGAGAGUUGUGUGUAAGAAUUCGAAAACCGAUCAAUGUCUCAAACAUAUCUCAAAUUAAUACCUCAUAAUGAUAAUAUCAUAAAUUAAGAAAUACCUAUAUCAAUAUUUAACAAACACAAAAAUAUUAAUUGGAAUAACAAUUGGAACGUUUAUACUAUUGGUAUAUAUAUAUAUAUAUAUAUAUAUAUAUAUAUAUAUAUAUAAAUUCUCUUUUAUACUUUAUAUAGGAAUAAACAAAAUCAUUUUAUAAUCUCAGACGGUAAUAUUAUCUCUGUCCAUGAUAAGAAUUUUAAAUCAAACGAGAACACGUUUAUAAAUAUAUUAUUAAUCAUGCGAUAUAUUUAUAAAUAUAAACAAAAAGAAUUGAUGACCAAAUCGUGUAGAUGGAAAAAAUAAAUAAAUAAAUAAAUAAAUAAAAAUAACAAAAACUAAAAGAAAGAAGAAGUGUACAAAAAUUAACGAAAGACUCGACACUUGAAGAUCUAAUGGUAAUGCAUGUCACUUAAUUAAUUUAUCGACAAAUUUCUUUUAAUUAUCUUUCGAAGUAUUGAUUGUUUAAAUUAUUUCUUUUUUCUUAUUCUUUAUUUUUUUUAUUUCUUUUUCCUUUUUUUGUUUUUUUUUUUUUUUGUGUUUUUUUUCAUUAAACGCUUCAUGAAAUUUUAAUUGGCCCUUAUUGACAUAUAUACAUAUAUAUAAUCGUCAUAAAUAUCAGCGAUACAGGUGUACCUACUUACCUGCAUAAUUAAAAUUCAAUAAAACCAAGUUUUCGACUUUACUUACUAUUUAUUAUAUAUUUUAUAGAAUUGAUUUUUUUGUUUUUUUUUUCUAUAUACAGAUGGAUCAAGGUGAUUCGCUAAAUCUAUUUAAAAAUAAUUCUCGAUAUAAUGACAGUGUGAUAAUGAGAAUGUAAUAGUGAAUAUCAACAAAUAAUAAAAAUUUUUGAACGUGUAAAAAUAUAUAUAUAUAUAUAUAAAUAUUUUUUUUUUAAUUUAUUAUUUGUUAAUUAAAUAGCCCGUAACUUUUCGUGUUUAAAUCUAUUAAAAAUAGAAAAAAAAAACAAAUCAUGUUUCGAGUAAAAUUUAUUCUAAAUGAUUAAAUUAUAUUUUAUUUUCAUACGUCAAUUAAUGUCCAAUCGCAUUUUUCAAUCUUUGAAAAAAAAAAGAAAACAAAGAAAAAAAAAUCUAAUAAAUUGAUUUCACAUUCAAUAAGAAGAAAUUCUUUUUAAUCAUUGACAUCGAAGAAUUAACGAAUCACCCUGUAUAUACGUGAGUUAUUCAUUUUCGUAUGUUGUACUAGCAUACAUCCUCGACACCCCCUUAAUCGAUACACUGCCUCUCCAUCACAAAUGUCGUGAACGUUUGACGGGGGAAAAAAAAAGAACGGAUAAGUAUUUGACUUGAACCAAGAAAAUAUUUCGUAAAAAGAAAAUGAAAUUUUAUUUAUUUUUCUAUAAGAUGCGAAAUAAUGCGCGAGAAAGGGGAUGUAUAAUGUCUAAAAAAAAAAAAAAAAGGGAAAAAAAAGGAAGAAGAAGAAAGAAAAAAAAAAAGAGAGAAAAGAAAAAAGAAUAUAUUUUCCAUUAGAAAUUGAACUAAUGUCUUCCUUAAAGAUUUCAAUUUUGUUAUGAUGGACAUCUGUACGUAUCUGUAAAAUAAAAAUAAAAAUAAAAAUAAAAAUAAGAAAAAGAAAGAAAGAACAAAAGAGAAUGAAAAAAAAAAAAAAUAGACUAACAAUGCUUAAAGAAUCAUCGUAUUUUCAUAAUUCGUUUCUAUUAAUAAAAAUAAAAAUAUUUUCUUUGAAGAAAAUUUAAGAGAUAAAUCUAAAACAGAUGAUCGGUUUGCGAUUGAAUUGUUUACGAAGAAUGUUUGAUGGUUGAAAGUUCCUUCGUUCGUUCGUUCGUUCGUUCGUUUGUUUCUUAAUGAAAAUUUUAAAUGACUGUUCUUACAUGAAAAAGACAUUUACUCCUCAUGUAUAUAUUAAUAUAAAUGUAAUCGCACAUCUUCUCUUUCGAGAACGAUUUAAAAUAAAUUAAUGUUUACGUGUA